AUGAAUAAAGCUGGAAGGAAGGACACCGCAGACAGAAGUGAGAAAACCGCCUUAAAGACGGCGUCCUUUUCCCCUGAGAAUCCCGUUCCUCCAAACGCGAACCUUAAAACUGUCUCUAGAGCUGUGCUGCCACCCAGUGUCUGCCGCGCCUUGGCCAAGGCCUCAACAGACCAUACCAAAACGCCAUCUCAAAUGGAACGUGCCAUGGAAACCAUGAUGUUUACAUUUCACAAAUUUGCUGGGGAUAAAGGCUGCUUAACAAAGGAGGACCUGAGAGUACUCAUGGAAAAGGAGUUCCCUGGAUUUUUGGAAAAUCAAAAAGACCCUCUGGCCGUGGACAAAAUAAUGAAGGACCUGGACCAGUGCAGAGACGGCAAAGUGGGCUUCCAGAGCUUCUUUUCCCUAAUUGCGGGCCUCACCAUUGCAUGCAAUGACUAUUUUGUAGUACACAUGAAACAAAAGGGAAAGAAGUAGGCAGAAACGAGGAAUUCCCCUGGCCCUGAUAAAAGUUGUCCCAAAGGGUCACUUAAGGAAUCUGCCCCACAGCUUCCCCCAAAUAAGGAUUUCAUGAGCAGAUCAGGACCCUUAGCAAGUGUACAAAUAAAAUCUAACUCCCAUUUGAUGAGCAGAGAAAAAAAGUUAAAUGCCAGACAAGCUUUUGAUUUUUGUAUUGUCUGCAUCCCCUUGCCCUCAAUAAAUAAGUUCUUUUUUAGUUCUGAAAAAAAAAA